UUUCUUUCUGCCAGAUGAACAUGUUACGACUCAACGUCCUGUAUCUUCUCCUACAUGUGGCAUCAAGCAGCCAACAUGGGACAGAGACCAUUGAGACUCUCAUGCCAAAUGGUGACUGUUUGUCUAUUUAUCUCUCAUCUUUACCUAUGUCUACUUCUCUUUACAGACACACUAUCUACUUCUGAUUAUAUAACUUCUGCUCUCAUAAUAUUCAUAUGUGGGAGACCAAUGAAAUUCAAACAUUUGAAUAGAACUUAUUUAAACGUGGAGGCUAUACUAAAACAGUGGUGGUCAUGUGGUCCCAGUGCUUGUCGUCAAGGUGGAUCGAAGGGUCUUCACUGAGACGCAGGUCCCUCUGAGCUGUGGGGACUAUCUGGACACAGAGGUGAUAUGGAGGAAAGGCAGUAAGCAUGUAGGACAAGGAAACCAGAUCAGGGUGAAAGUGGAGAGUAUGAUGGGAGGGAACUACAGCUGCCACAACGCUGCUGGAGUCUACCUCAACCACACUCUGGUGCUGGUGCAAGACAUACAAUCACCCAACAGACGAUGCGUCCUGGAGAAGUCACAUGACACAGAUGAAGAUGGUGAGUGAGUGUGUGUGUGUGGGUGGGUGGGUUGGUGGGUGGGUGGGUGGGUGAGAGAGAAAGAAAGAAAGAAAGAUAUAAUCAGAGAAUCAUUUUUUCAUUUGGUUUCUCUUUUUACACAGAGUACAUAAGAUGUUUGGCAAAAAAUUACAGUGGAAUAUUUCAUUGCUCUUGGAAGAAGACUGAGCAUCGGAUGUCAGCAGCUGUUGUUUUUGUCCAAGUAGGACGGUAAGUCUUCAAACACACGCAAUGGACAGUAAAUAGAAACAAUAGUCUGCUUUCAUGUACUUGUGUUUACAUCAUUUGAUCUUGUCACAUGAAUGAUGUGAGUCGCAAUUGAAACACAGCGCAAAUGCUUUCUCCAUUGUCUCCCUGUGACGAGCUUUUGAUUUGUUAUGUUUGGACCUGAGGCUUCUUUCAGAGAGAGAAAGCACCAAGGCUAACCAGGAGAUUUGUGUCCCUCAUCCAGCCCCAUCUCCUGCUCCGUAGACAGUGAUGGUGCAGGCCUGACCUGUCAGGACCGGGAUAGCUGCCCCUUUGCUGAGGAGGUGUCCCGCAUUGACCUCACUGUAUACUUCAGGAGCAAUGACCUCCUAGAGGAAUACACCAUCACACCCUUCUACAUCCGAGAAAUAGGUACAGUAAGUCCAGGGUUCACGUGUGCUCCGCACUCGUUCGCUGGAAAUAGCAAUGUCACAUCAUACAGGUAUAAGUUAAUAUACAGUACAUCUCAUUUCAUCCUUGCUGUAUGUAGACAUGCUGAACAGUAUAUUGAUUAAUAUGGCCUCCAUCCAAUUUAACCCUUCAGAAAUAUUGGUUCUGUCUGCUCUCCCUCCUCAGUGAAGCCAGACAAGAUCCACAUCACCAAGGUGGAGGGGAACACAUUUCAGUGGGAGUACCCAGCGACGUGGAGCCGCCCAUGGCCUUACUUCCCCCUCACGUUCCGAGUCAAAGUGGUCCACCAGGGGGCAAGCUGUGACUCUAAGGAACAGGUAUAAGCAAUGAUUUUAUCCUUGGAAUCCUCAAUGUGUCUUGAUUGACACUAGUCUGUGAUACAUGGCUGGUCUGUCUAAGGUAGGGCGGCAGGUAGCCUAGCGGUUAAGAUUGUUUGACCAGUAACUGAAAGGUCGCUGGUUCGAAUCUCCGAGCUGGCUAUGUGAAAUGUGUGAUGUCCCCUUGAGCAAGGCACUUAACCUUAAUUGCUCCUCUAAGUCGCUCUGGAUAAAAGCUUCUGCUAAAUGAUGUAAAUGUAAGGUGAUGGUACCCUCUCUCCUCUUUGAUAGGUGUUUAUAAGUGAAACCAACAUAAAUGAAACAAAAUUCACAGUUCGUCCCCGCCACAAUAAAUAUCGUUUCUGCCUCCGGGCAAAGGAUGACCUGGUUGACUCCCAAUGGAGCCAAUGGACCCAUCAUGAGUGAGUCUAGACAUUUUCACUGUGUCCUGCCCUCUAAUACACAACUUCAUUAGUAGUUUAAGAAUGUAAAAAUUUCAACAGCACUAAACUGUGAAGAGAUUAAAGGUUUGUGGCUGACAUGUCUUUGUACAACAGGGUGAAGAAUAAACCCAAGAAACAUUUACAGGUUUGA